ACACUAAGGCCCGGUUUUACAAAUGUCCGGUUCAACACGAGUUCAACUGAACUUGAGUUCAACUGAACUGAGGUUCAAUUCAUGCGUCCGUUUUACAAACACCGCUAUCGUCCGGUUCAGCUGAACCACAAAUUUCCUUAGGUUGGUAGCGCGCACCCGAGAAUCUGACAGUUGAGACCACGUUGGGUCUGUUUUGUUGUCAUUAUUUGUGUACGCCGAUUCGAAGUUGUUUACAUUAUUAUAAAUUAUUUGUGGUAAAUUCUGCAAAGUAAUUAGUUUUCUGCGUUUGUGGGAUGAGUAAUACACGUGCUCCGAAUUUUACAAAAUCCGAAGAAAACCUGCUCCUAUCUUUAGUGAGCAAGUAUAAAAAUAUUCUGGAGUGUAAAUUGUCCAACACUGAUGCAAAUCAAAAAAAAAAUCAGUGUUGGAAGAAAAUUGAAGUAGAGUUCAAUUUUUUAUCUGGCCAGACCUUCCGGGACCACAAAGUUUUGAAAAAAAAGUACGAUAACAUUAAGAAGAGGACAACGAAAAAAUUUGCUGACGAGAAAGCCUAUGUCGGUGGUACUGGGGGAGGGUCACAACAAAGUAUUGAGGUCACCGAUGUUGAUGUGGCUGUAAAAGAAAUUCUCGGGGCCAGACUAAUGGGGGAUAGCAGCGAAUUUGAUGGCGAUUCCGAAACAACCUCAUUCCAAAGUAACGGCGGGAUAAAUGUUGGUUGUCUCAUCACCACGCCUGCCCAUUUGGAAGAACAAUGUACAUCAAUGUAUAAUCUCUCUGAUGACGAAAAUGAUGAUUGUUUUAUGCCAAAAGAUCAAACCGGAGCAAUGUCGAGAGAAGUGCCUGUUAUGGAUAAAAUAAGUUGUCCCAAUAAAGAAAGUGAAAAUGGUCAAACUGGGAAUUGGGCUAAAUACACCCCCAAAAUGUUGAAGCAAAAAAAAUCUUCAGCACUCACUCCAUAUCAUAGAGGUAAAGGAAACCAGACAAGUGAUAAGUUAGAGCAAUGGGCCACUGCCAAAGAACUUGUCGAACUAAGUUGAAAGGAAUACAUCCAAAAGGAGCAAGAGUUUAAAUUAAAAGCCAUGAAAGAGAAACAUGAAUUAGAAAUGCAAAUUAUGAGAGACAAAACUGCAGUUGAAUUAGAAGUAAUCAAGAAAGAACACCAAAUGAAGAUUGAAAUAUUAAUUGCCCAAAAAUUUAAUAUUGUAAAUAAUAAAACUUAAAUAAAUAAUUACAUUACA